UGAUUGGGUGUCUCCUCCCAGGCCGGACGCCGCUCGUGGCGAGGGCGGGGAGGCGGAAACAGCUUGGUGGGUGCGGGGUCUGGCGCUUGGUUUUGUAGUAGCUGAGGUGAAGUACAGUCAUGGCGGUACAGCCGAAGGACACCCUGCAGCUGGAGAGCGUGGCCGAGGCCGGCUUUGUUCGCUUCUUCCAGGGCAUGCCGGAGAAGCCGACCACCACGGUGCGCCUCUUCGACCGCGGGGACUUCUACACGGUGCACGGCGAGGACGCGCUGCUGGCUGCUCGGGAGGUGUUCAAGACCCAGGGGGUGGUCAAGUACCUGGGGCCUGCAGGAACAAAGACUCUGGAGAGUGUUGUCCUUAGCAAAAUGAAUUUUGAGUCUUUUGUAAAAGGUCUUCUUCUAGUUCGUCAAUAUAGAGUUGAAGUUUACAAGAACAGAGCUGGAAAUAAAGCCUCCAAGGAGAAUGAUUGGUAUUUGGCAUUUAAGGCAUCCCCAGGCAAUCUUUCUCAAUUUGAAGACAUUCUGUUUGGAAGCAAUGACAUGUCCUCUUCCAUUGGUGCUGUGGGUGUUAGAAUGUCCACAGUGGACGGCCAGAGGCAGGUUGGCGUUGGGUAUGUGGACUCUCUUCAGAGGAAGCUUGGGCUGUGUGAGUUCCCUGACAAUGACCAGUUCUCCAAUCUUGAAGCUCUCCUCGUCCAGAUUGGUCCCAAGGAAUGUGUUUUACCAGGAGGAGAGACUGCUGGAGACAUGGGGAAACUGAGGCAGGUUAUUCAGAGAGGAGGCAUUCUGAUCUCAGAUAGAAAAAGAACAGACUUUUCCACAAAAGAUGUAUAUCAGGAUCUCAACCGGUUGUUGAAAGCCAGAAAGGGAGAACAGAUGAACAGUGCUGUCUUGCCGGAAAUGGAGAAUCAGGUUGCCGUUUCAUCAUUGUCUGCUGUCAUUAAGUUUUUAGAACUCUUAUCAGACGAUUCGAACUUUGGACAAUUUGAACUGACUACUUUUGACUUCAACCAGUAUAUGAAAUUAGAUAUUGCAGCUGUCAGAGCCCUUAACCUUUUCCAGGGUUCUGUUGAAGACACCACUGGCUCUCAGUCACUGGCUGCAUUGCUGAAUAAAUGCAAAACUCCUCAAGGACAGAGAUUGCUUAAUCAGUGGAUCAAGCAGCCUCUUAUGGAUAAGAACAGAAUAGAAGAGAGGUUAAAUUUGGUGGAAGCAUUUGUGGAAGAUGGAGAAUUGAGACAGGUUUUACAAGAAGAUUUACUUCGGCGAUUCCCAGAUCUUAACCGACUUGCCAAGAAAUUUCAGAGACAAGCAGCAAACUUGCAGAACUGCUACCAGCUCUAUCAGGGUAUAAAUCAACUCCCCGGUGUCAUCCAAGCCCUGGAAAAAUACGAAGGAAAACAUCAGUCACUGUUGUUGGCUGUUUUUGUGACUCCUCUUAUCGAACUUCGUUCUGAUUUCUCCAAGUUUCAAGAAAUGAUCGAAACAACUUUAGAUAUGGACCAGGUGGAAAACCAUGAAUUCCUUGUCAAACCCUCUUUUGAUCCUAAUCUGACUGAAUUAAGAGAAGUGAUGGAUGAUCUGGAAAAGAAGAUGCAGUCAACAUUAACGAGUGCAGCCAGAGAGCUAGGCUUGGAGCCUGGCAAGCAGAUUAAACUGGAUUCCAGCACACAAUUUGGAUAUUACUUUCGUGUCACCUGUAAGGAAGAAAAAGUCCUUCGUAACAAUAAAAACUUCAGCACAGUAGAUAUCCAGAAGAAUGGUGUUAAAUUUACCAACAGUAAAUUGACUUCUCUCAGUGAAGAAUAUACCAAAAAUAAAUCUGAGUAUGAGGAAGCCCAGAAUGCCAUUGUUAAAGAAAUCGUCAACAUUUCUUCAGGGUAUGUGGAACCUAUGCAGACGCUGAAUGACGUGCUGGCUCAGCUCGAUGCUGUCGUCAGCUUUGCUCACGUGUCAAAUGGAGCCCCUGUGCCCUACGUGCGGCCAGUCAUUUUGGAGAAAGGUCGGGGAAGGAUUAUACUGAAAGCAUCUAGACAUGCUUGUGUUGAAGUCCAGGAUGAAGUUGCGUUUAUUCCCAAUGAUGUUUGCUUUGAAAAAGAUAAACAGAUGUUCCACAUAAUUACAGGCCCCAAUAUGGGAGGCAAAUCCACGUAUAUUCGCCAAACCGGGGUGAUUGUCCUCAUGGCCCAGAUUGGGUGUUUUGUGCCGUGCGAGUCGGCGGAAGUGUCCAUUGUGGACUGCAUCCUGGCUCGGGUUGGGGCUGGUGACAGUCAGUUGAAAGGAGUGUCCACGUUCAUGGCUGAAAUGUUGGAAACCGCUUCUAUUCUCCGGUCUGCGACCAAAGACUCGCUAAUAAUCAUAGACGAAUUGGGAAGAGGAACCUCUACCUAUGAUGGGUUUGGGUUGGCAUGGGCUAUCUCUGAGUACAUCGCGUCAAAGAUUGGUGCCUUCUGCAUGUUUGCAACUCAUUUUCAUGAACUUACCGCUCUGGCCAAUCAAAUACCAACUGUUAAUAACCUACAUGUCACAGCACUAACCACCGAGGAGACCUUGACCAUGCUUUAUCAGGUGAAGAAGGGUGUCUGCGAUCAGAGCUUUGGGAUUCACGUUGCCGAGCUUGCUAAUUUCCCUCAGCAUGUAAUAGAGUGUGCUAAGCAGAAGGCCUUGGAACUGGAGGAGUUUCAGAAUAUUGGAAAAUCUCAGGAAUAUGGUGACACCGAACCACAAGCAAAGAGAUGCUAUCUGGAGAGAGAGCAAGGUGAAAAAAUUAUUCAAGAGUUUCUAUCCAAGGUGAAGCAAAUGCCCUUUACAGAAAUGUCAGAAGAAAGCAUCAGAGUGAAGUUGAAACAGUUGAAAGCUGAAGUGACAGCAAAGAAUAAUAGUUUUGUAAAUGAAAUAAUUUCACGAAUAAAGGUUACUACAUGAGAAAACUCCAGUAGGGAAAUGAAGAUCACAUUGAUAAGCUAUUGUCUGUAACACUUUUUUGUAUCGUUUUGUACUUAACCCUUUUCCAGUAAUGUUGAUGAUUGAGAACUCUGUGAUACUAGUCUAAUAAAAUAUUUAGAACAAUACUUUGCAUACAUCUUUGAGAUCUUUAUUUUGAAAACAAGAGCCGUAUUUGAGGAAAUCUAUUGAAAUAGGUUUCAACAAUAAUAACUGGUUGAAUUUGAUAAAUAAAAUCAUGUAAUUUGUGGGAUUUGA